CUCUAAGUUAUAAGUGAUAGGCUUAGUUUUUCUAUAUUUUGCGGAAAUAUAUUACUACUAGUAAUUAUAAAUAUGUCUGGUGAACAGGGUAUUCCAAACUAUCUAAAAUUCGUAUUUGGGGCAAGUGCGGGUAUGGGGGGCACUUGCUUCGUUCAACCAUUAGAUUUACUAAAGAAUCGUAUGCAGUUAAGUGGUGCUGGGGGCAAAGCCAGCGAGUACAAAAGUACUUUUCAUGCAUUUCGUUCUAUAGUUGCAAAGGAGGGAAUAUUGGCAUUAUACAAUGGUUUAUCUGCCGGUCUUUUGAGACAACUGACGUAUACAGGCACAAGGCUAGGAGUCUACACAUAUCUUUUUGAAAUAUUCAAGAGACCAGAUGGAACUCCACCUGAUUUUGCUACCAAAGUGGCAAUUGGUAUGGGUGCUGGAAUUUGCGGUGCAUUUGUAGGAACCCCCGCCGAAGUGUCCUUAAUCCGGAUGACGGCCGACGGUCGUCUUCCGCCUCAGGAGAGACGAAACUACAAGAACGUGUUCGACGCCCUGCUGAGAAUCAUUCGAGAAGAGGGCGUUCUGACUCUAUGGAGAGGAGCGAUGCCGACCAUUGGACGAGCGAUAGCCGUGAACGGCGCCCAAUUGGGUACCUACUCCCAAGCGAAAGAAAUCAUCGGUAAGAAUCUGCACAUGCGCGACGGUAUACCGCUUCACUUUUGCGCAUCGAUGACGUCCGGACUGAUUACGACUAUAGUAUCUAUGCCGUUUGAUAUCGCCAAAACGAGAAUACAAAAUAUGAGAAUAGUAGACGGAGUUGCCGAAUACAAAGGACCAACUGACGUAUUGGUCAAAGUGGUCAAAACGGAAGGGUUGUUCGCCCUAUGGAAAGGAUUCGUUCCAUACUUCUUGCGACUCGGUCCUCACACCGUCCUCACGUUCAUUUUCCUGGAACAGUUAAAUUCGGCGUAUUUCCACUACGUUUUGGGCAAAAAGAAAUCUGGAGGUUUAUAAAACUAAAACAUGAUACCUCAUCAGUACAAAAAAAUGUACAAAGGAUUCAAAUUUAGUUAUGGAGAUGGUUGGUUAAUCUUGCAUUUUAAGUUAAUAUAGCAAUAUAGAUAGAUGCCUGUGUCGAAAAAAGUGUGUAAGUUUUUGUUAUGUUUUAUGUAAAUAAACUAGGCCAAAGUUAUAUAUUUUUAUCUAUUUUUAUUACCGUAUUUUUAUACAAUAAUUAUUCCAGUAAUAAUUUUUAUUUUGUAAUUGAUUUAAAGGAGAAUUUUACAUAUAAUGAACUCUGUAGUGAUUGUAUCCAUUGUGAGUCAACCUUUUAAAUUUUUGAAGGAUAAAAAGAUUGCUAUUAUCAAGUUUUUUAUAUAUUCUAAAUUUGACAUUUGAUAUGAAUUCAUUUAAUUGAAAUUAUCGUUUGAAUGUCUGCAAAAUUUUAAAAGGUCGUUAUGAAAACAUUUAUUUAUUUUUAUCAAAAAAUUAUUAUAUAAUGGCGUAUAUAUUCUGUUAAAAGUUGGUACCAUGAUCAAAUAUACAGUAAUAGUUUAUUUAAAAUGUUAAAAUAUGAUAAACAUAUUACUGCCAUGUGUGGAACAUAUUUACUAUAUAAAAUUUGUUAAUACUGUGAUAUUAAACCAGUCAUGCAUAACUGUUGAAAA